AUGUGGCCUCCGCCAGCCACUGACUUCCGUCCUGGUGGCGGCGAUGUGACGGGAGCGAAAAAGAAGAAGAAGAGAAAGAAGAAUAGGCGGUCAUCGUCGCAAGACUACACCAGCUCUUCGACGGCGUCCACCGGAGAUCAUGUCAACGGCGGCGCCAGGGGGCCAACAAGCCCGCCCCGACCUAACGCUAAGCCUUCGCCAGAACAACAACAGCAACACCAACAACAACAACAAAGAGGCGUCGAUGAUCUCGACUCUGCCACUGGCGCUACUCGUGCCCGGAGAAACAGCGAGGACGUCGUUGCUGCCGCUGGUGGUGGUAGCGCCGGUGGUUCGGGCGAGGUGGUACCGAAGGUAGGCGGGGAUGCCGGCGGCAAGGAUUACGACGACGACGAGGACCAAGAUGAGGGAGUCGUGAUUCAGCGCGAGGGAAACCCCACGCCGGCGCUGGCCAAUGGGACAGAAGAGGCCACCAAGAAGAAGAAGAAAAAGGCCGCCGCAGCCGACGUUGUCGGCGAGAACGGUGUUGGUGGCGGUGGUAAAGACACCGCUGCCGGCAACGCGAUAGAGCUCGCGAAGAAGGAAAAGAGGAAGGCGAAGGAGAAGCGCCAGAAGAAAAGCCAGGGCGCUGAUGACUCGGAGGAGGUGGAGCCGUCCGGAAUUCCGUUUGCCCUCCCAAUGCCAGGCGCUCGUGCCACUCCCUCCAUCAACCCCACUGGUCGCUCCCGGUCCGCUUCCAUAGAGAGCGCGGCCGAAUUCUUCAGCACCAAGGGUCUUUCCGGAGACAAGGCUAACGGCACCAUCGAUGAUGGCAGGGGUGAUACUGCCGCAAAGAGUAACGCGGGAGCUAUCAGCAACGGCAGUGUCCAUCAGGGGGCCGACUCUGGCCAUGGCUUGGGGCGGCGCAAACGAGAAGAGGGCAGUGGCGGUGUUGGGGCAGCGACCGCGGCCCUGGGCAGGGGGCGAGUGCCUCGAAAGCACCAGGAGCAGAGGAGAGGGCUUCCCAUCUUCGCCCACAAAGCGGACAUCAUUCGCGCUGUCAAGGACCACCAGACCGUCGUUGUUGUCGGAGAAACUGGCAGCGGAAAGUCGACCCAGAUCCCCCAGUUUCUGUACGAGGCCGGGAUAACGAGAGGGGGUGCCGGCUGGAUACCGGGCGGGGAGUCGGGGGAGGCCACGACGGCGGCAAGAGGGAGCGGCAAGAAGCGAGGGCGGGCUCCCAGCCAGGAGGACGUUUUCAAGGGCAGCAGCAGCAGCGGCCCCGACAAAAGGGGUUUUCAGGGAGGCCUUAUCGCCUGCACGCAGCCGCGAAGGGUGGCGGCGGUUACAGUGGCCAAGCGCGUGGCCGCGGAGGUCGGGUGCGACCUGGGGAACACGGUUGGGUACACCGUCCGUUUCGACGACCGUACUUCGAAGAGCACUCGCAUCAAGUACAUGACUGACGGGGUACUGCUGCGGGAGGCGAUGAGCGACCCUCUUCUCUCGGCCUACUCGGCUAUCGUGCUAGACGAGGCACACGAGCGCAGCCUGGACACGGACAUCCUGUUCGGACUGGUCCGUCGCCUCCAGCCGAAGAGACCGGACCUCAAGGACUCUGUGAGCCUCCACGUGCCCGGUAGAACGCACCCGGUUGACGUCAUGUACGCCACGGAGGAUCAGGACGACUACUUGGACGCGUGCCUGAUGACCUGCCUGCAGAUACACGAGGACGAGGAGGGGGACGGGGACGUCUUAGUGUUCCUCCCCGGCCAGGACGACAUCGAGGCGUUGUCGCAGCUGCUGCGGGAGAACCUGGCCACACUGAGGGCGGAGAAGUCGAGGGAGCUAGCGGCGGCGGCGGCGGACGCGGCGGCGGCGGCAGGCGACGAGGAGUUCCAACGGCCACGGAGGCGGGGCGGGGAUGACCUCCGGGGGCAAGGGGACGGCUUGCUGAGGGAGACGAUGGUGUGCCCGGUGUUCGCCGCGCUGCCCCAGGAGCAGCAGCUGGAGGCGUUCGAGCCGGCACCGAGGGGGACCCGCAAAUUCGUGUUGGCCACAAACAUUGCGGAGACGUCCAUCACGAUCAACGGGAUCCGCUACGUCGUAGACUCCGGCAAGGUCAAGGUUCGCUCAUUCCAAGCUUCCACGGGUAUGGAGUUCCUGCGGUCUCAGGACGUUUCCAAGGCCCAGGCGACGCAGAGGGCGGGACGGGCCGGGCGUGAGGCGCCCGGCGUUUGCUACAGGCUUUUCAGAGAGGACUCGUACCUAGAGCUGGGCGACGCGCCUAUACCGGAGAUUCUCAGGGUCAACCUUGCCCAGGUGGUGCUGCAACUCAAGGUGAUGGGCAUAGACGACCCUUCCACCUUCGACUACGUCACAGCCCCCAGUCGCGCCGCACUGCUGAAGGCCCUCAAGACCCUGGCCAUGCUCGGCGCCUUGGACAAGUCGGCCAGGGUCACCCCGGACGGGAGGAAGAUGGCGGCACUGCCGCUGGACCCGGCCUUUGCGCACUUGCUCGUAAGGUCGGCGGAGCCUAGGUUCUCGUGCGUGAAGGAGGUUUUGACCACCGUGGCCUGCCUUUCGGCAGAGAACCUGCUCUUCUAUCCUCCCAAGGAGGAAGCCAAGCGAGCGGCGAACGAGGCCCACCAGAGCUUCUCGGCGUACGAGGGUGACCUGCCCACCCUCUUAAGAAUCUACGAAAGCUUCCUGAAGGAGCGAAAAGACCCCGAAUGGUGUAGGCGGAAUUUCGUCAACGGCCGCUCCGUGGCUCGAGCCGUGGACGUGCGACAGCAGCUCGCCAAAAUCCUUCGCGAGAGAUUGAGGAUCGACCCCGAGGAGUCCUGCGGCGCGGAAACGUCCCAGUAUCUCCGCUGCUUGGUGGCUGGACUCUUCACGAACGUGGCCUUGCGGCAGCCAUCCACAAGCGGAGGAGGAAGCCGCGGGUGUUACCGCACCGUGCUCGGUGGCAGGGAAGCGCAGAUCCACCCUUCCUCGUCGCUUUGGAGAAGAAACCCGCCGGCGAAGUGCGUGGUGUUCACGGAGCUGCUGUCCACCAGCCGAGAUUUCAUCAAGACCGUCACCGCCGUGGACUCGUCUUGGCUGAGGGAGCUAGUGCCGCAGUACUUUAAGCCUUCAGGCGCCGUGGGAGUGUCGUCGUGACAUCCCGACGCCCACUACUUUUGUCCGUCGCACUAUGAUGCU